AUGGUUAUUGACUCCGGACGGACCUUCGCGAAAACUUCACUCCAGAAGAUCAUGGCUUCACUGACUGGCAAAAGCCAUGGUAGUGACGUCCUUAAACGUCUUUGUGCGUCGCACGAGAUCGGCCAGAUCUCAAAGCUCCCUGGAGGCAACCUGCGCGUCAAGGUCAAGUGGAAGGAAGCAUAA